CCUCCAUCGGCCUCCUCGUCCUCCUCUCAGCCACAUCCUUCACUGCUUCUCCGCCUUCUCACGACCAACCAUGCUUCUCAAGGCCCCUCCUCGGCUCGCCCUUCUCUCCCCCUCUUCCUCCGAUCCCGCGCCGUCGCCCGGAAACCCCUCUCUCCGCUCCUACUUGAAGCUUCCGAAUGGGAGGGCUCGGGGCGGGCCCGUCUUCGCCGCUGCCGGUGGGAACCAUGCCAUCACCGGCGUCAUCUUCGAGCCCUUUGAGGAGCUCAAGAGCAACCAGGUGUCGCUCGUGCCCGUAUCCCCCGACCAGUCCAUCGCCCGCCAGAAGUAUGCCGACGACUGCGAGGCCACCAUCAACGUCCAGAUCAAUGUGGAAUACAAUGUGUCAUAUGUAUAUCAUGCCUUGUUUGCUUACUUUGAUCGGGACAACGUUGCGCUAAAAGGCCUCGCCAAAUUCUUCAAGGAAUCGAGCCAGGAGGAAAGGGACCAUGCUGAGAAGCUGAUGAAGUACCAGAACAAAAGGGGAGGAAGAGUGAAGCUUCUGCCGAUAGUUAUGCCCUUAACCGAGUUUGAUCAUCCUGAGAAAGGUGACGCGUUGUAUGCAAUGGAAUUGGCUUUGUCUCUUGAGAAGCUGACAAAUGAGAAGCUACUAAAUCUACACUGUGUAGCUCAAAAACACAAUGAUGCCCAGAUGGCAGACUUCAUUGAGAGCGAGUUUCUUGGAGAGCAGGUUGAGGCAAUUAAAAAGAUAUCUGAAUACAUUUCUCAGUUGCGAAGAGUAGGAAAAGGACAUGGAGUUUGGCAUUUCGAUCAGAUGCUUCUCCAUGAAGGAGCUGCUGCAUGAGCUUUGCAAAGAACAUUGUAGUUACUCGUAGUUGUGUCCUGUCCAUGAACAGCAGGGUUGUUUCUCCAUGACCUUCUCUGUUGUAAUGUGAAUAAAGACUAGGGAGAAACAAAAGACUGCAUCAAUGUACUUUGCUUCAAUAAAUGUCUUAAUAUACAGUAUCUGGAUUGGUUGAAUAAGAAGCAGAUCAAAAUUUUGCUUCGAGUUACAUCAA